AUGAAUGCAAUUGUUGAACAAAACCCACGUGAAAGUGUAAGAGAAAUGUUUCAGGCACUUGGUGUCGGUAUUGCAACGGUCUCACGCAAUCUGCGGAAAGUUGGUAAGGUGAAAAAGCUCGAGAAAUGGGUACUGCAUGAGCUCAAUGAAAAUCAAAAUGAUAGGCGUAAUGAAGUGUGUUCGAUCCUUUAUAUGCGAAAAACCAAUGAUGCCUUUCUGGAGGGAAUGCCCACUUGUGACGGAAAGUUUAUCCUUUAUGAUAACCGUAAACGAUCAGGUCAAGUGAUAAAGCUUUCAUAUCCACACCAGAGUUGGCAUCAGCUUUUAAUGUUUUCUUAG